ACCCGCGCGUCCCUCAACGGCAACCGCCGCAGCGUCCUCAUUGGCAUCAAUUAUAGCGGCCUGAGCUCUCCGAGCGAGCUGCGAGGCUGCGUAAACGACGUCAAGCGGAUGCGGCCCUUUGUCGAGCGACUCGGCUUCCCUUCCAACGAGGGGAGCCAAAUGGUGCUGCUCGACGAUGGGAGCACGCCGCUCGCGCCAACCAUGGCCAAUAUCCGCGGCGCCAUCGCCUGGCUGGUGGAGGGGGCCGCCGCCGGCGACGCCCUCUUCUUCCAGUACUCUGGCCACGGAGGGCGCAUCCAGGGGAGCGACGGGUUCCACGAGACGCUGUGCCCCCUCGAUAUGGCGAGCGAGGGCCAACUACUGGACACGGAGCUCUUCGAGACCCUCGUCGCGCCGCUGCCCAGCGGAUGCAGGCUCACCGUGAUCCUCGACAGCUGCCACUCGGCGGGCGCGCUCAACCUGCCGUUCCUCUUCACCGGGACGGAGGGCAACCUCAAGUCGGCGUUGGCGGGCGAGGCGGUGCAGAUGGCCAUGUCGCGCAACUGGCUGCGAGACGUGAUCGCCAUCACGGGCUGCCGAUCGGACCAAACGAGCGCCGACGUUGGCAACGUGGACCUUCAGUUUGACCUGCAGCCGACUGCGCGGAGCGGCGCGGGCGGUGCGCUCACGUCGGCCUUCAUCGAGGCACUCGACGGCCGGGAGGCUGCUCCGAGCUACCUCGAGCUGCUCGAAGCGAUCCGGCUCAAACUGGCCGAAGAGGGCUUCACGCAGGUACCUCAACUGGCCUCGUCGCUCCUCGUCGACCUCACGUCGGCCUUCUCGAUGCUA